CUACGAAAAUGCACCCCUUUGUCCUGCUCUUGCUUCGCUGCUGACGUACUCGGGAAAAAGAUUAGAAUUACUCUACGGCAAAAGAACCCAAAUUAACUCUCGCCUCCGCCAACUGGAUCAGCGAUCCCGAAAUAAACACCAACGCCAGCAAUGAAACCGAGGAAGCCACUGGAGUAGUAUACAAAUAACAUUGGUUGUGUGUGCGCUGGAAAAGGAAAGGGAAAAUUGUUGCUGCGCAUCGGAGGCCAGGAGACAGAAAGAUUGAAAUAUUGAAAGUGCAUCAUAGUCGUGUGGCAGCAGUAGGCGCAGAGGCGAGGCGGCGGGCUGACACACCACGGAGAAGGCGAGGCAGAGGGAGAGGCCAAAAGUAACGUAAAGAUAAAAGGCAAAGUGCAGUACCAGCUGGCGAGAGCAGGCGAAAAGUGGGGCUCUAAACACAGUGCCUUCCAAAGAAAAUCAACAGCAACAAAAUAUUGAGCCGCCGAGCAAAACACAUGAUGUGGUCGUUCUUCUCGCGCGACUCUUCGAAAGACUUCCCCUACGACAUUGGCGAACCGGUGGGCGGUUUCGAUUCCUACUCCAUAUGGACGUUACACAAGGCCAAGCGCAAGACAACACUGGAAGAGGUGUCCGUCUUCGUCUACGAUAUCCGCAGUGGCUCUGACACCAAGUGCGAACUGGCCAAGGCGGCUCUCAAGAGGCUAAAAACGUUGCGUCACCCAAGUAUCCUCCAAUAUCUUGACUCACUGGAGACGGACAAGAUGCUUUAUGUGGCCACAGAGGCGGUAGAGCCGCUGGGUAGCUAUUUCACCAAACUGGCCACUGAUAAUGUCCAAAAGGGUCUCUACCUAGCCUGGGGAAUCUUCCAAAUCACACGUGCUUUGUCCUUCCUCAACAACGAUGGCAAUCUGCGGCACAAUAAUGUCUCCGCUUGGUCGGUGUUCGUUAAUGCCUCCGGAGAAUGGAAGCUGGGCAGCCUGGAGUAUGUAUCAGCGGCAGAUGGCAAUCCCAUGCCUCCAGCGAAGAUUCCUGUCACCCUGGAGGUCUACGAUUCGCCAGAGAAAAAUGAUCAGACAAAGCUGAAGGCUGCCACCAAAUGUUCUGUUGAUAUGUGGGGCUUAGGAUGUUUGGUAUGGGAGGCUUUCAACGGAGUCCUCAAGCAACGUUCUAACCUUAAGGACAUAGAGCACAUCCCCAAGUCCCUGCAGUCUCUUUAUUGCGAACUGGUUGGAGCGUCGCCCUCGAAUCGCCCCAAUCCAGCAGAUAUAAUCACGCGUUGCCGUAAGCCCGGUGGCUUUUUCAAGAACGAUCUGGUGGAUACACUGCUCUUCCUGGAGGAAAUCCAAAUCAAAGACAAGGCGGAGAAGAAUCGCUUUUUCAGUGGUCUUACCACGCAUUUGGACAACUUCCCGGAUAAUGUGUGCAAGCACAAGAUACUUCCCCAGCUGAUAACAGCCUACGAAUACGGAGAUGCGGGCUCCGCAGUUCUGGCACCAAUGUUUAAGCUUGGAAAACUUUUGGACGAAGUGGAGUAUCAGAAGAGGAUUGUACCCUGUGUGGUGAAGCUGUUUGGCUCUACGGAUCGUGUGACUCGUUCACGUCUUCUGCAGCAACUGGACCUAUUCAUCGCCCAUCUUCAGCCACAGGUGGUCAACGAUCAGAUUUUCCCACAAGUGGCCCACGGCUUCCUAGACACAAAUGCUACCAUACGCGAGCAGACGGUCAAGUCGAUCAUUCAUUUGGCUCCCAAACUAAACUACAACAAUCUCAAUGUGGAGGUCCUGCGUCACUUUGCGAGGCUUCAGGCUCGUGAUGAUCAAGGCGGAAUCCGCACCAAUACGACCGUGUGCCUGGGAAAGAUUGCGCCACAUUUGCAUCCGCAGGUACGCCAACGGGUUUUGGUCUCUGCCUUCAUUCGAGCAAUGCGCGAUCCUUUUCCACCGGCUAGAGUUGCUGGAGUCUUGGCGCUGGCCGCCACUCAGCAGUACUUUUUGCUUAGCGAGGUGGCCAACAGGGUCCUGCCAUCGCUGUGCUCUUUGAGCGUGGAUCCCGAGAAGACGGUGCGUGAUCCGGCAUUCAAAACCAUUCGUGGCUUUCUGGGUAAACUAGAAAAAGUCUCGGAGGAUCCCAGCCUGCGCGAGACAAUGGAGGCGGAUGUUCAUACAGCCACGCCCUCAAUUGGAAAUGCAGCGGCCACUUGGGCUGGAUGGGCGGUGACGGCCGUUACAGCCAAGUUCUAUCGCAGCCAAAGUGAUUCGUCUCGACCAAGACCGCCUUUAACAGGACGUAAUCUGUCCAAGCCAGCAUCGCUGGAGCAACCAUCCAGCAGCAGUUUAUCGACCACCACAAGCAGUGUUACCUCAAUGACGUCUCUAGAGCAUGAAAGCAAUGAUACCUCCGCCUCGGCCUCCGACUAUGGCAACAACGAUUGGGACAACGAAAACUGGGGUGAAAUGGAUACCUCUCAAGAUCCUAGCAGUCCACUGGCCGCCAGUUCCAACAAUGGUGCGAUGAUGGCUGCCAAUGCGCUGAAUGAAGUACGCGAUGGUUGGGAUAACGAGGAAUGGGGCAGCCUGGAGGAGGAUCCGUGCGAGGAGGAAGAGCAGGCAGAGCAGGAGGAGCAGCAGCAACAGCUGGCUAGACAAUCUAUAUCAUCCACCACGUCAUCCAGUCAGCACCAUCAGCGACCCCUGCUGCAACCGCAUCAACAGCACAUUCAGCAGAACGAUCUGAACGACCUCAUUGAACCUCUGGCCAAGCUAAACUCGCAUGUCACCUCGCCUUCGAAGGGGCAGCAGGCGAUGCUGCGGCCAAAGGAGCUUCCCAAUCUCUCAAGCAGCAAUACAUCGCCCACAUCGGCCACUGCCAAUUGCAAUAACAUUAGCCCGCCUUCGUCGCAUUUCAAUAAUUCGACGCAUAAUGCCAAUUGGAAUAGUGAUUCGUGGGCAGAUGGUGAGUUUGAGCCACUAGAGGAAUCAGGACUGGGGAAUGCCAAGCUGGAUGAAGCGCGACGCAAGCGUGAAGAGAAGAAGUUGCAGCGACAGAGGGAACUGGAGGCUCGUCGAGCCCAGCGAGCCAGUGGGCCAAUGAAAUUGGGCAAAAAGCUUUAAAAGUAAUCAGCAAAUGACGGAAACGUGUGUUAUAGCUGUUAUUUCCAUCGUACAUCUAAGCCCAAAGUGUAUUUGUAUAUUUCUGUGCGUGUGUGUCUUGUCCCAGUCACUUUCCGAUCCGGGAGUGCUUUGUGUUUUUUUUGGAUUUUUGGAUCAGAUUUUGCAUUAAAUGCAGUCUCAGUGUCUCGAGCCUCCAUUUCAAUUCCAUAACAUAGCCAUAUAGUAAUUCUAAUGCUGGCACGAUAUUAUCUAAUAUAUACACGGCAUCACUAACGAAAUUUCCAAUGUAAAGCACUGUAAUUAAAAACUGUAAUUAAUAUUUAUGAAACCAAAACGAGAAUGAAGAAAGUGACAAACAACCAAA